CGUUUAAUAAAAAUUAUUAUUGUUAAAAUACGUAUAUAUCUGUUAAAAAAAUGAAAACUGCGUUGAUGGUGGCUGAAAAGCCGUCUCUGGCAGCUUCGCUGGCCAAUAUUUUAAGUAAUGGUCGAUGCACUUCCAGAAAAGGGUUAAAUGGAGCUUCUUCUGUGCAUGAAUGGAUAGGUCAAUUCAGAUCUGAAACGGUGAAUUAUAAAAUGACAGCAGUUUGCGGUCAUGUCAUGACCCUGGAUUUUAUAGGAAAAUAUAACAAUUGGGAUAAAGUCGACCCUGUAGAAUUAUUUUCGUGCCCAACCGAAAAGAAAGAAGGAGUUCCUAAACUAAGAAUCCCUUACUUCCUUGCCAAAGAAGGGGCUCAUUGUGAUUACUUAAUAUUAUGGCUAGAUUGUGACAAAGAGGGUGAAAAUAUUUGUUUUGAAGUUAUAAAUGCAGUGCAGCAAGGCAUGAGUAGGAAAUUGAGUCCAAAUGAUAUUUGGCGAGCCCGAUUUUCUGCUAUCACAGAGAAGGAUAUUAAAUCUGCAUUGGCAAAUUUAGUGAAACCCAAUGAAAAUGAAGCUAAAAGCGUGGAUGCCCGACAAGAGCUGGAUUUACGAAUUGGCUGUGCCUUUACAAGGUUUCAGACAAAAUUUUUUCAGGGAAAAUACGGGGAUUUGGAUGUGACCCUUAUUUCUUAUGGUCCAUGCCAAACACCGACUCUAGGUUUUUGCAUUCAGAGGCACGACGAAAUUCAAACAUUCAAGCCAGACACGUAUUGGGUUAUACAGGUUACAAUUAAAUCUAACGAUGGUCAAGAUAUUGUUUUAAGUUGGAGCCGCGUACGGUCUUUUGACAAAGAAGUAGCAAACAUGUUCCUAAGCCAUAUCAAAGAAUACGACCAGGCGACGAUUUUGAGCGUCGAAAGCACAGAAAAAACAAAGUCACGACCUAUAGCACUGAAUACCGUAGAAUUGAUGAAGGUAGCGAGUUCAGGUUUAGGAAUGGGUCCGCAUCACGCUAUGCAAAUUGCGGAACGUCUCUAUACGCAGGGAUAUAUAAGUUAUCCUCGAACCGAAACAACGUUAUACCCGGAGAAUUUUGAUUUACAUGCAGCGUUGAAGCAACAGCAAAACAGUUCCGAUUGGGGAGACCAUGUUCGUAAAAUAUUAGCGACAGGUAUAAAUAGACCAAAGAAAGGUCAUAACGUGGGUGACCAUCCUCCUAUUACUCCAAUGAACCACGCCACACGAAACGAACUCGAUGGCGAUUCGUGGCGCUUGUACGAUUACAUCACACGACAUUUUAUCGCUACCUUGGCUCAAGAUUGUAAAUAUUUGAGUACGACAGCCAAGUUCGAGAUAGGAAUGGAAGUUUUUACUGUGAAUGGUCAUACUUUAUUGGACCCCGGAUACACUAGCAUUCUUACGUGGCAGACACUCGGAAGCAACGAUACGUUGCCUAGAUUCGUGCCUGGUGAUAGGGUCAAUAUACAAGAGACAAAGCUGCUCGAAUGUUACACGCAACCCCCAGAUUAUUUAACAGAAGCGGAACUGAUAUCUCUCAUGGAGAAACACGGUAUCGGUACGGACGCUUCUAUUCCGGUACAUAUAAAUAAUAUAUGUACGCGAAAUUAUGUGAACGUAUCAGCUGGAAGAAAAUUAGUUCCUACAUCGUUAGGAAUCGUGUUGAUUCACGGUUAUCAAAAGAUAGAUCCCGAGCUAAUCUUACCAACGAUGAGGUCUGCAGUGGAGGAACAGCUGAAUUUGAUAUCUUUGGGUCGAGCAGAUUACCAUGCCGUACUGCAACACACGGUAGAAAUUUUCAAACAAAAGUUUCAUUAUUUCGUCGAAAGUAUAGAAGCUAUGGACCAAUUGUUCGAAGUUUCAUUUUCUCCUCUGUCCGCGUCGGGAAAAUCGUACUCCAGGUGUGGAAAAUGUCGACGCUACAUGAAGUACAUACAAACAAAACCAUCAAGGAUGCAUUGCGCGCAUUGCAACGAAACUUAUAAGCUCCCGCAAAAUGGCAACAUCCGAAUUUACAAGGAAUUAAAAUGCCCAUUGGAUGAUUUCGAGUUGCUCUCGUGGUCCACGGGAGCACGGGGGAAAAGUUACACGUUCUGUCCAUAUUGCUACAACAAUCUGCCAUUUAGAGACAUGAAGAAAGGAAUGAGUGGUUGUAAUUCGUGCACGCAUCCAACCUGUCCUCAUGGUAUGAAUUCGAACGGUAUAUCGAGUUGUCUGGAAUGCGAUUCGGGCAUACUUGUGCUCGAUCCUUCAGCUGCGCCUAAAUGGAAGCUUGGCUGCAAUCGUUGCGAUGUUAUUAUUCAUUUGUUCGAAAAUGCUCACAAAGUGGUAGUCGACACGGAAGUAUGCGACUGUGGAGCGCAGUUGGUGACUGUUGAAUAUAAACAGGAGAAGACCAAGCUUCCUAACGAGGCGACAGAGAUGACUGGUUGCGUUUUUUGCACAGCAGCUUUCUCGCCUCUCGUGGAGAAGCAUCGUGCAGUUGCCUCGAAACCGGUUGCGACUCGUAGUCGCGGUCACACGAAAGGUCGCAGUCGUGGUAAACCUCGCCCUUCGAAGGAUAAGAUGGCUCAAUUAGCGGCAUAUUUUGUAUAACGACAAUUUGUAAAUGAAGCCCUGUAUAUGUAAUCAUUCUCCGAUAACACAGCGACGCGCUCGUCGGAACGACUUCAUAAUCUCGAAAAUAAAUUUAGAUAUAUGCAAGUACAUGUCCUUGACACGCUCGACUUAAAAGGACAAAGUAUUAAGAGUAAUAAAUAUUUUAGUCUCUUUUCUAAA